AUGAAAUGUGUUUUAACAAAUUUGGAUACAGAAAAAAAUAAUCAAAAUGACAAUUAUAACAAUGUGUGUAAAUUACAAGAUAACGCCUUUAUUUUAAGAAAGAAAAAGAAAAAUUGUAAACUUAAAUCUUAUUUAAAAAAUGAGUCUAAAAUUCAUUUUCUCUUUUCAUAUAAGGAAAAUAUAAAAUCAUCUCACACUUUCAAUAACAAUGAAAAUAUUAAAAGAACUCAAGUAGAUAAAAACAAAACAAAAGAAAGUAUUCCUAGUAAUAUGUCUAAUUCGGCAUACUUAAUAAAACAUGAUAAUAUAAAAUUGAGUAGUACAUUAAAAAAUAUAAAAGACAUUACACAUAUGAAUGAUUCUUUUCCUAUAAAUCCUCCUGGAAAAAAAAAAAAGAAAAAAGAAAAGUGUACACUUCUUAAUAAAAUUAUUAACAAGGAUAAAAUUAAUAUAAAUGAAACGAAAAAAAAUAUUUUACUCUCGUCAUCAAUUAAUAAUAAUAAAAAUAAUGAAGAUUUGUCUCCCCAUGACAAAAAGGGCCAAAUAAAAGAAAUAACGAAGACUGUAAUUGUAUAUCCACCUGUACAAAAUGAAAAAGAUAUAAAUAAUAAAAAAAAUGAUGAUGAUGAUGAUGAUGAUGAUGAUGAUGAUGAUAAUAAUAACAAGAAUUAUUAUAACAAGUAUUAUAAUAUACUUGACAAUAUAUGUAAUAAUACGUACUAUGAUGAUAAUUUUAAGAAUAAUCAUACUAUUGAACAGGAAACUUCUGAGGAAUCAGAAAUUUUAAAAAAAAAGAAAAAACUAAAUGAUAUAUUAGGCAAGUACAAUUCCAUAAAAAAAAGUGCUGAUAAAAAAGAUAAAAGUAAAAAGGAUAUUAAACAGAAUUAUUGGUAUUAUGAUAAUUUAUUACAAAUAUAUGAACACAAGUAUCUUAAAAAUAUAUCCAAAGUUAAUUAUUUCAAUAAAGAUGAACAUUCAUCAGAAACGUUUCAUGAUGAUUAUAAUGAAUCAAAUAAAGAAUCAAAAGGUUUAUUAAAUUAUAAUAAUAUUAUAAAUAAUAUUCCAAGCGAACAAAGUAAUAAAAAACAUCAUACAACAUGGAAUAAUGAUGAACAUAUAUUACUACAAAGGAAUGUUAAAGAAAAUGAAAAGGAAAUAUAUUCUGAUGAUAAGGAUCAAUAUUUUUUAUCUAAUAAUACUUUUGUAAGUAUUAUCAAUCCUACAAAUGAUGAUAAUUAUAAUAAUGAUGGUAAUAAUAAUAAUGAUGGUAAUAAAAACAAUGGUGAUAAUAAAAACAAUGGUGAUAAUAAAAACAAUGGUGAUAAUAAAAACAAUGGUGAUAAUAAUAAUAAUGAUGAUAACAACGAUAAUAAUAAUUAUUAUUAUGAGAAUUAUAUUAAUGAACUUCAUAAAAUAAUAUAUAAUAAUAUAAAUGAACAAAAUCAUACCAAACCAACUAUUCAUAUAGAAAAUAAUACAUUUAUCGAAAAAAAUGAUGACAACAAUAUUAUUUCAUCCCCUAAAAAUGAAUCCAAUCCAUCUACAUUUUGUCACAAUCAUACAGAUCAAAACAAAAAUAUAAAUGAGCAGGCUAAUAUUAAAAAAAAAAAAUUUAACUCAACAUUAUUAGAGGAGACCUUGAAAAAAUUAUCAUACAAUGAAAAUAACAUUAUAGAUAAGGAAACAAAUUUUACAGAUGAAGAAAAAUAUCAUGUUAAAGAAAAAAAGGAUGGAUUUUAUCAAACAUAUUAUAACGAUAUAUACAACAAUGAUAAUUAUAUAUAUCAACAAAUUCAAUACUUGUAUGAUAAUAAUUUAUCAACAAUUCAUUCAGGAAAAGAAACAGAUAAAUGGAUAUAUCAAACCGAUUUGGAUAUAUUACAAAAUAAUAAAAACAUAUUUGAAAAAAAAUGUGAAACAAAACUUCUCAAAAUAAAUGUUCCCCCUAAAAACCCUUUAAAUAAAAUGAUAAUGAAAAAUAUAAAUAAUUUUAAUACAUCAAAAACUAUAUGUAACAAAAAAGAAAUAAGUGAUCAAUCAUCCUUUUCAAAUGUUAAGGAUAAAAUUAUGGCAAAUAUAAACAUAGAAAGAAUAGAAAAAAAAAAAUUAUUAGCUCAUAUGAAGAAAAAUGAAAUACUUGUAAAAAGAAAUAUGUUGUCUACAUUAAGAGAAAUAAAAAAAACACGGAAUUUUUUAUCAGAAAAUAAUAAUAUAAAACCUUUAAAAAAUGAACCUAAUGAAGGACAUAAAAAUAUAAAUAGAUGUAAAGAAGAUGCAUACGGAGAAAGAAAAAACGAUAAGGUAUAUUUGGAUAUAAAAACUUAUCAACAUGAAGAGAAUAUAUUUAAAAAUAUUAAUAAAUAUAAUGAUAUACAUAUGAAGAAGAAUAAAUAUGAAAACACAAAAUUAUAUACGUUCACAAAUAAAUCAUUUUCUUUAAAUAAAAAUAUAGAGAAAGAUGCACAACACAAAGUUAAAACACAUAAUACCAAAGAAUAUAAAACCUUAAAAAAUAAGAAAAAGGAUGAGAACAACAUAAAAAUGUCUACCUCAAAUGAAAAACAAAAAAAACAUAUUAUAACAAGAAAUGAAGAACACAUAAACAAUAUUAAAUGUAAAAAGAAUGAUAACUAUAAAAUAAUAAUAAAAAAAAAGAAUUUUCUUAAAAAUAUACACAAAUACAAUAUUAAUGAUAAUAUAAGUUUAUUAAAACAUAAGGAUUUCUGCUUCAAAUUUCCUACAUUCAUUAAUUAUAAAAAUGAAAUACGCAUAACAGAAAAGGUUAAUACAUAUAUAUAUUUAUGUCAUAGAAUUAAUAAUUCUAUAUCAAAUAUGAUAAGUUUUCAAUACAAGUAUUUAUUUAUUCAUAUAUUUGUUUACACAUUGAACCUUAUAAUAUUUUUUAAACUUUUAAAAACCAAUAUUUUUCAUUCACAAAAUAAUCAAUUAUUACAAAUGAAAGGAAUAUUUUGUAUUCUAUAUGUUUUAAUAGUUCAAAUAUAUAUAUUCUUUGUCAAUAAUUAUUUUUAUUUUUUUCUUAAAAAGAAUAUAAAAAAUAACAUUUCUGAUAUGGAUAAAAUUAAUUUAAUACAUGUUAUACAUCAGUUAUUUCCUCAAUAUGAUAAUAUGAUCUUUAAAAAUAAUUUUGACAACCACCUUAAAAUCAAUCAACAAAAGGAUAAAUCAAGAAAUCUAAAUAAUUCAGAUAUUGUCAAACAACAAAUAAAUAAUUUAAACAUGUCAUUACAUAAUAAUGAUCAUACUAUAUAUUAUUUCACUUCUAAUAAAAUAGGAAAAAAUGAAGAUAUAAUUAAAAAAAAUACAUUUGAUUAUAAUAAAAAUGCACUUUUAAAAAAUAGUAAUUUAAUAAAUAAAUAUGAAGAAUAUAACAUGAUACAUGUUGAUACCUAUAAUAAAUCUAAUAACAAUUUAAAUAAUACAUUGAAUCAAAAAAAAGGUAAUGUACAUUUUCAUGAUACUAUACAACAGGAUAUUUUAAAUCACCUUUCUUUAAAUAUAGAGAAUGAAAAAACAAAAAAUAAAAUAAUAAAAACAACACAUCAUAAAAUAAAUAAUAAAACUGAUAAUUUAUAUGGUAUAAUAAAUAACAAUAUAAUAAAAAAAAAUAAAAUGUAUAUAUUAGAUGAUAAACAACAAAAUAAUAUUAUGGAUCAAAAAGUUAUCGAUAUAACAUUCUUUAUAUUAAAUAAUCAGAGCAAAUUAAAUUUACAGGAUUUUUUCUUUUUAAAACUUAGGAGAUACAAUAAUUGUUUUAUUUUAUUUUUUACAAUACUCCUUAUGUAUAUAACAAAAUUAUUUGAAAUAAAAGAUCCCUUUUAUUUUCAUGAUAACAAAAAUUAUAUUUUCUUCAUUCUAGUAAAUUUUCUUAUACUUCUUCAAAUACUUUUUUGUAUAAUUAUUGAAAUUAGGAGACUGUUUGUAACGAAGAUAAAAAAUUUCCUUAACAAAAGAAUAGCAUACCUUUCAUAUGAACUUAACAUAUAUCUGAACCAUUAA